CUUUAUCCUAGAUUUAGUAUAACUAGUAGACAGAACAGUGGCGCUUCCGGUUAUCGAGGCAAACGUGGCGCGUUGGGUUAGGUCCGUUUCGUUAUUAUCUGAUUAAUUACCUCUUUGUUAGACAAGUGCUAAGACAUUUAGCCUUUUUCCAUCGAAAUAAUGGAACAGUCCACCUCAGAAGUUGAACAGAAUCUGUCAAAGCUCAACGUAAACGCGGCCGAGUUCGUGCCCUCGUGGGCUACACCUGCAGCGCCGGAUCCGCCUCCACCCGAGGACGGGGCAGGUCGAGUCGAGUCCUCGCCGUCUGCGUCGGCGGCGACCACCCCGGGUGAUGAGGCGAGCGGCCAGCAGUCGUCGGCCGGUGACGGGCCGGUGGACAACUGGGAGGAAGCCGACACCACCUCGGAGGCCGUAACCCCCAAUGAGGAGGAUGACGGCGAGGACGAUGACGAAGAGGACGGCAGUGAGUCCAAGGACCUGAAGCCGCGCAAGAAGAAGGUGCGCCAGGCGUCCGAGCGUGAGAAGACCAAGGAGCACGUCAACAUGGUGUUUAUCGGUCACGUUGACGCGGGCAAGUCGACAAUCGGCGGACAGAUCAUGUACCUCACGGGAAUGGUGGACAAGCGGACAUUGGAGAAGUAUGAGAAGGAAGCCAAGGAGAAAAACCGCGAGACGUGGUACCUCAGCUGGGCGCUCGACACCAACCUGGAAGAGCGAGACAAGGGCAAGACGGUGGAGGUGGGGCGCGCGUACUUUGAGACGGAGAAAAAACACUUCACCAUCCUGGACGCGCCCGGCCACAAGAGUUUCGUGCCGAACAUGAUUGGCGGCGCGUCACAGGCCGACCUGGCCGUGCUGGUGAUCUCGGCGCGAAAGGGCGAGUUUGAGACGGGCUUCGACCGCGGCGGCCAGACCCGGGAGCACGCCAUGCUGGUGAAGACGGCCGGCGUCAAACACCUGGUGGUACUCGUCAACAAAAUGGACGACCACACCGUCAACUGGUCCGAACAGAGGUACAACGAGUGCAAGGACAAGCUGAUGCCCUACCUGAAGAAGUGCGGCUUCAACCCCAAGACUGACGUGGCGAUGAUGCCCUGUUCGGGUCUGACGGGGGCCGGUCUCAAGGAGCCCGUGGACCCGGCGGUGGCGCCCUGGUACAGCGGGCAGCCGUUCAUCGACUACAUCGACUCUCUGCCGUCGAUGAAGCACAACCCGGACGGCCCGUUCCUGAUGCCCAUCGUGGACAAGUACUCUGACCGGGGCACCAUAGUGCUCGGCAAAGUCGAGAGCGGCACCUGCAAGAAGGGACAGACCCUGCUGCUGAUGCCCAACCGGACGUCCGUCCAGGUGGACGCGCUCUGGUCGGAUGACGAGGAGGUCACCUCCGUUAUCGGCGGAGAGAACGUCAAAAUCCGGCUGAAGGGAGUCGACGAGAACGACAUCUCGUCAGGGUUCGUCAUGUGCGACCCCAGUCAGCCGGUGCCGACCGGCCGCGUGUUCGACGCCCAGGUGGCCAUCCUGGAGCACAAGUCCAUCAUCUGCGCCGGCUACUCGGCCAUCUGUCACCUACACUCGUGUGUCGAGGAGAUCACAGUCAAGGCGCUGCUGUGUAUGGUGGACAAGCGGACGGGAGAGAAGUCCAAGACUCGGCCACGGUUCGUCAAACAGGACCAGGUGGUCAUCAUGCGCCUCGAGUCGAGCGGGCCCAUCUGUCUAGACGUGUUCAAAAAGUUCCCUCAACUCGGGCGAUUCACACUACGCGACGAAGGCAAGACGAUCGCCAUAGGAAAAGUGCUUAAGAUUAUCGAGUGAAUUGUGUUAUAGUGGUAAUGCGGCGAAGCGUGGCGCGUUGUGACAGUCGCGACGCGCGCGGACUCUGACGGUGACGAUUCCGACGCGGGCUGCGGCGGCGGCGGCGCGUCGCCCGGCUCCACUCCACUAUAUCUUGUGUGAUGGCCUUAAUUUAAUGACGGCAGUCUGGGAGGGCGCAGGAAGGGCGGACGUGCUGCCGCCUGGCGGCGGCGGCGCGAAGCUGAAUCUGGCCGGCGGCCCACAGGUGGCGGCGGGGACAUUGUGCAACGUGCCGCCCGCGUUGUGUUGAAUACAUAUUCUGAUAGAUUUUAUACCGCAAGUAUGUUUCUAAAAUUCCUGUUGGGUCGGUGCCCUGCGCUGCUGGAGAGGGCGAGGCCGCGCGGCGCGCGCGCUGCGUGCCGGCGGCGGCGGGCGGACCGCCGGCUGGGUUCCGACUGGCGGGCACCGACCCGCCGCCCCUCCCCCCCCCCCCCCGUCGGACGGCUCGGCCCGUAGUUCUCUGUUGUCGCCGUGGGCCGGUACGGAUCGUGACGUCACAUUGACGCUGGAAUCUCACCAGCGGCGGUGGCGGCGGUGGCGGACGCGCCGCCCCGCUCCUGGGGUCACCGGCGGACGCCCGCGCUAGGAUGCUUUUUAUCAAAAGCGGAAAAUAAACAGUUCACUACGUUG